AUGGCACAGAAGAAGCCCAUUUGGCUCAUUGUGUUUGCCGGCUCCCUCAAACCAGCUUCUAGCCCCCGGACCGGCUUCCAGCCCCCGGACCCUCUUGCAGCCCCCGGACCCGCUUCUAGGCCUAGCAUCCGCUUCCAUCCUUCGGUCACGCUUGCAGCCCCCGGAUGCGCUUCGAGCUUCGGAACCGCUUCUAUCCCACGGACCCGCUUCCAGCCCCAGGACCCGAUUGCAGCCUCCGGACAUGCUUCAAGCCCCUGGCCCAGCUUCCAGGCCCCGGACACACUUCCAGCCCAUGCACCCGCUUGCAGCCCCCUGACCGGCUUCCUGCACCCGGACCCGCUUCCAGGCCCCGGACACACUUCCAGCCCAUGGACCCGCUUGCAGCCCCCUGACCGGCUUCCUGCACCCGGACCCGCUUCCAGCACCCGGACCGGCUUCCAGCCCCCUGACCCGCUUCCAGCUCCUGGACAAUCUUCCAGGCCCCUAACCCGCUUCCAGCCCUCUGACCCGCUUCCAGCCCCCUGA